GCCUCGAGGCUACUACACCCACAGGCUCUGAGAUAUUGCCGGAUUCAAAUUGACAGGUCCAUAUGUCGUAACUUGAAACUCGAUCCUAUCGUACACGAGGCCGAAUAUUCGCAUAUUGGAUGCCCCGAAAAAUCGUUCUUGAUUCAUGGGAUGGACGUCAUGCAUCUGAACAAGUGGUGUAUAAAGGCCGUGAAAACGGACCCGUCCAAUGAUAUCGACAGUGGAGACUCUUUGAUUAUCGACCUUCCGCAGCUGGUGGUUAUUGGCUCACAGAGCUCGGGAAAGAGCACUUUGAUCGAAGGCUUGAUCAAGUGGGACGUAUUAUCCAUGCGAGAGGAUGUCAGCUGGAGGUGUAACAUAUGGCUUGACUUCGAAUUCGGUCAAGACGGGGAACCAUUGGUGGUUCCACAAAGGCGGCGAAAAUUUGGGCCCGAAAUCACCGAGCCAGAACACGUCUACGAGAGACUUGUCCAAGCGCAAGCCGCUGUUCUUCACUACCCAACUGUUGAUCCUGACGACUUCUUGCAACCAAAUGCACAUUUGGGAGGAGAAGGCUUCUCCCAUAAUACUAUCUCUGUCGAAAUUGAUGGACCCGAAGUCGAGUCUCUCUCUUUUGUAGACUUGCCUGGUCAGCCAAGAAUGAUGGACAGGGUGAAAGACCUAGCCACAAAGUACAUCAGGAAAGAGACCUCUUUGAUCCUUCUG